AUGCCACCCAAAGUCGAGCUCACACGUAUGUCUCAACAGACUGGGACCAGAUGUAUGGACGAUGAUUGGACCGGAGCAAGCGAUUCAGCAAUUAGAAGAAAAUUCCAGAAUCGCUUGAACCAGAGGAUAUACCGUCAAAGACGUAAAGCUCCAUCGAAACCCCAUGAAGACCGCGAAAACGAUUCUUCAAUUGAAGCUUCACAGCUCCGAGAGCGAUCAAUCCUUGGUGAAUCCAAAAGCACACAUUCUGCGAACCCGUUAUCGAUAACGAACCUCCGUAUCGAGAAACAACCCAGCCAACUCGAGCAACCAAGCAAUUCUUCUACCUCAUCACCGGCAGAUAUAAGUAUAAAGCGAUGGACAACAGGUCGCGUGUCGAGAUACCAAGGGUUCUGUGAGAUUCGACUGAUGCUGGCCACAUUCGAGGAAGAAGCUCGUAGGAAUUAUUCGAUGGGCUCUCCACGAACAGAUCAACUUCUCACCCUCAUUCAAUUCAACGUUUUUCGCGCAUUGAUCAAAAACACGCGAACAAUAGGUUGGAACUUGGAUUGGCUGGACUGUACUAUCGAUCCUCUAUCCCCGUGGCUUAAUCUUUCCACAAAGUUUGUACCGGGAGCGCAUUGUCCUCAAGCAUUGUGUCCAACAGAGAUUCAGCGCACAAUCCCUCAUCAUCCAUGGCUAGAUCUUUGGCCAAUUCCUCAAAUGCGCGAUAACCUAUUGUUGCAUGCUGGAAUUUACGAUGAAGAUCGAUUGUGUAAUGAUCUAGUGGAAUUUGGAGGUCUCAUGAACGAACAAUCCGGCCUCAUUGUUUGGGGAGAACCGUGGGAUAUUUGGGGAUGGGAGGUUAGUGAGACUUUCUUGAAGAAUUGGGGAUGGGCUCUCAAGGGUUGUAAAGAGUUAUUGGCUUCAACAAAUGCUUGGAGGGCGAAAAGAGGAGAGGAAGCUCUUUUUUUGAAGUCUGAACAAACUACCUGA